ACCCGAACCAUAUCAUUCAUGGGCCCCUACGCAUUACUCGGUACCAAUCUCUCUCUUAAGUCUUGAAACUCUGUCAAGAAUCUCAAGCCACCAUUUUUUCUCCAUCCUCUAAAGAGAUAGAGAGAGAGAUCCUCUUGUUUGGCAAGAAUCCAUUUUGAGUUCCAAAUCCCGAUUUGCUGUGAUACUUUUCUCUUUCCUUGAAUUCAUUUGAGAGUCAACGCGAAGAAAACAUCUGCAUACAGUUUGGUUUGAAUUCUAGGGUUUUCAUAUUCCCCUAAUUUUUGUGGUAAGAGAAGAAAAGCAAAGAGAACAAAUCGAACCAAGAAGAGAAAGACAACUUCAAUUUCAACCUCUCUCCCUUAUAUUAUAAGAUCUCGAGUUGAGUUGAGUCAUCAUCAAUGACUAUGAACAACUACAGCUACAGUUCAUCAAUUCAAGAACAACAAGGGAAAGAUUUAAUCAUCAUCAAGAUUCACUAAGAAACAUCUCAAUAAAAGGAAGAAAGAUUGAGUCCAAGAACAAGGAGGUAUUUAUUCAUGAUCAAGAAUCAAUAAUUAAGAUCCAUCUCAUAAAUCUCAAGAUAAGGAGCUUGGCAAGAAAAACAACUAAAAAGGUCUUGAUCUAAGAUACACACCUCAUCAAAAUCAAGAUUUUCCAGGAAAAUCAUACAAUCCCUCAUGGAUCUAUCCCUGGCUCCAUCAAGUUCCGACCAAGAACAAGACAAAGACCAAGAGUUAGCCUCCAACAUCGGAGCAAGCACUAGCUCAGGCACCGCAAACAACAGCAACUUUCCGAUGAUGAUGAUCCCGCCGCCGGAAAAAGAACACAUGUUCGACAAAGUGGUAACACCAAGCGAUGUUGGAAAACUCAACCGACUAGUAAUCCCUAAACAACACGCGGAGAGGUAUUUUCCACUAGACUCAACAAACAACCAAAACGGCACGCUGUUGAACUUCCAAGACAGAAACGGCAAGAUGUGGAGGUUUCGUUACUCGUACUGGAACUCAAGCCAGAGCUACGUGAUGACCAAAGGAUGGAGCCGUUUCGUGAAAGAGAAAAAGCUCGACGCUGGAGACAUCGUCUCUUUCCAACGAGGUGUUGGAGAUGAGGCCCAAAGAUCUAAACUCUACAUCGAUUGGAGGCACAGACCGGACAUGAGCCUAGUUCAAACACAUCAGUUUGGUAACUACGGUUUCAAUUUCAAUUUUCCGACAACUUCUCAAUAUUCCAACAGAUUUCAUCCGUUGCCGGAAUAUAACUCCGUUCCUAUUCAUCGGAGCUUGAACAUCGGAAACCACCAACGUUCGUAUUAUAACAAUCAGCGUCAAGAGUUUGUAGGGUAUGGUUAUGGGAAUUUAGCUUACUACACGGGAUCACCGUUGGAUCAGAGAAGCAUUGUUGGAUCAGAGCCGUUGGUCAUAGAGUCAGUCCCUGUGGUUCCCGGGAGAUUACCUCCGGUGAUGUUGCCGCCUCCGCUACCUCCGCCUCCUUCUACGGCCGGAAAGAGAUUAAGGCUCUUUGGGGUGAAUAUGGAAUGUGGUAACGACUAUGAUCAACAUGAAGAGUCUUUGUUGGUGCGACGUGGCGAAAUGGGUGCUUCUUCUUCUUCUUCAGCUCUCAGAUUCAAUUUACCGAAUGAUCAUGAUGAUGAUGGUGAUGAUGAUCAGUUUGCUAAGAAAGGAAAGUCUUCGUUUUCUCUAGAUUUCAGUCCAUGAGGAGCUUCAUCAUCCUCUAGUCUUUCUUUAUUCUAUUAGUACAUUAGUUAAUUUUCAAAUUGGAGUUAGAUUCCAGCUAGUAAGGGGAAGAAUACCCGAUCUUCUACGUUUUUUUUUUUCUGGUUAUGAGUUUUGUUUUCUACUUGUUUCUUUCUUGAUGUUCUAUCCCUAGGCUUUUGUCACCCCCAUUGAAACUCGCAUCUUUUAAACUUUGUAUAGAUAAACCUAUAUAAAAAUAUGAUUUACAUAAAAUAACAUGUACACAUGUCUCAAAUUUCCCCUAAUCGUCUCCAUAUUAUUCGAUAAAAUUCUUUGUUUACCAAUCGUCUUCACAAAUUAUAAACUAAUCUUACUACUUGGCAACUUGUGAAACUGCCUUCACGCUUUAGCUAUAGCAUUUCACCAAUCAAACAGUGUUCAUCAUAUUUUUUCCCUAAAGUUUAGUUCGAGAUUAUAAAUGAUGGGUGAAGAAAAACUUAUAAAUUUCAUGAAUUGUACUC